UCUCGUCUCCCCAGUCCCUCCCUCCGCUCGCGCUUGCGAAGAGCUCUCACGGACGCGGGGAUGGCGGGGCUUCUAGAAGCCCUGGCCCCCUACCUGCCCAAGGCAGCGGCCGCUGCGCUCGCCGCCUCCUCCUCCACGGGCCGCUUGUUGCUCGACCGCGCGGCCUUGGGCUCUGCGCACACCGCCCACGCGUCCGCUGCAAUGCGCGCGGCUCUGCGCGCGGCCGACCACGCCGCGGCCGCUCAGCGCGCGGCCGAACACGCCGCCGCCUGCGCGUCGAGGGCCGCCACCUCCCGCGCCCUUCGUCCUCAGCACGGGGGCGCGUCGGAUCCCGCGACGCUUGCGCCACCGCGCAUCGCCUCCCCCGCGGCGACCCAUUCGGGCGAGGACGACUACUUGUGCUCCUCCGACGCGCUGGGCUCCGAGGCCAUCGCGGCCGUGGGAUUCGGUGUCGACUUGGCCUCCCCAGAAUUUCUGCUGGCGCCGUGGGAUGAGAUUCUCCUUCCGCCAUGGGAGCCCAGUGAGAUGAGUAUCCGAGACAUGCUGCGCGGCGAUACCGCGGCGGCUGUACGGCCGGGCGAGAGGUACGGCCAGCUCUACCCUCCGUCCUGCUCCCCGCUGCCGCCGCACUUCGCUUCCUCCUCGCCGCUGGUGGUACCGACGGCCGCAGCCGCACGCAUCGCAGCCGACAUCAGCACCUGCCCCGACCCAUCCUCGCUGCAUGAUCCGAUUGGAGCUUCUGCUGCCCGUGCGACUCUCAUCGCCGGGUCCCGCGUCGGCUACCCGUGGAGCUCCCGUCACAUGCCUACAGGCACAGCAGGCUUCGGUGAAGAAGUCAAGCCCCCGGAUGUUCGUUAUGUGAUCAAUUUGAUGAAUGAGAUGCUAUUAAACUCAGAGGAAGAGUUAAUGUUCCGGGGAGCUUACCAAAAAAGAUUUGGUGCAUCCCUACAUUUCCAAAUCAUGGAGGGCAUUUCUCGGUUCGAGCGGAAGCAGGAUUUGUAUGCCAAGACCCAGGAGAAGGUACUAGAGCACGUGGAGAAACUUGCUGAGCUUUCAGACCAACUAAAACAGAAACCGUCUUGGGGAACUUUUGUUGUAUUCGGGCGCAAGAUAGAUGUCCUGACCAUUCUAAGAUUCUUCGGUAUUUGGUUUUAGCCCCCCUCAUCAAAAAGAAUUCCACACAUGGGGCUUCUUCUCACCAGUCACCAAAGAGAAUGAGAAGAGCAUUGGCAGCUCCUAUUAGAGAGCAGGCAGAUCCAGUAGCAGCUAAGCCUCGCUGAACAUGAACAUUCCCAUUAGUUGAAACUAAUGUGAUUACGACAAACUAUUGGGUGUUAUACGGUAGAGAUGGAUUUGACAUCUCAGACAUCACUUGAGCAAACGGUUUCAUCGUAUGGCAUGCUGAAUGUGGUUCUUAAACUGCCUUGAGUACCAUGUUAUUGUGAUCAUUUUCAUAGUGCUGAUUGCUUAUGUUCGGUGCC